AUGGCUAAUUUCAAAGAAAUCCCCGAAGAAAAGAUGAAAGUAGCUACUUCUUAUUAUACCUCACUGCUUUAUACUCUCGGUAUUCUUGCCUCUAGGCUCCAGGGAUUCCGCUUUGAGCUGCAAUGCAAGUUUCCUUACUCGAUGAGUGAUCCGGUUAAAGGACUGCUUGACGUCGUCUAUUUGGUUGUGGAUCAGUUGGUGGCAGAUUGUCUCUUUGCUGCUGAGCCGUCCACUAGUGCUAUUCUGGUCACGAAUAAUCUCUUUCCCUUCAACUGUGACAGUUUAGCCCGAGCUGUGAAUUUCAAGCAUUUUGAUGUGCAAAUUGUCAGUGAGGAGACGGCCCAGGCUGUCCAGGUAAGAACUGUAGAAAUUGAAGUCGUUGAAAUUUGUGAAGUGUCGAAGUGUCCACGUGAGUCUGGAGAAAAUCCCGAAAACAGUGCUCAAAUCUCCCCGUCCGAACAAAGCUGUAGAAGAGGCAGUUUUUUACGUAGCUAUGAUGCGCUUAGCCAAAGAAAAUGUUUAGAAACGUGCAAAAAUGACGUUUGGUUAUCUUUACAGUGCACAUUACGGGCUUUCAUAUUCAGUUGUCCUCUUUUCUCUUCGAGUGACAUAAAUCGUUUUCUGUAUGGAUGUGACUAAGU